GUCUCUGCGCUGGUGGGGAUUAAGGGAUGUGAACAAGGUAGCGAGAAAACUAGCCGAUCGGAGGGCUGGGGACAACUGUACGGGCAAGAAGUGCUUUCGGAAAUCCCCAAGGAUUUACAGGGAGGAUCGGAGCACACCGACAUCGCUUAUCUCUGAACUCUUCGAACAGGAGACGAUAAAACGGGUGCCUUUUGUCAAUGUAGGAAUUUUACUCGAUGAUUUAAGAAUACCUGCCGUGGAGGAGUUUAUUCUUUGUACAUAAUCGGGAAUAUCGCAAAUAAAUCAGACACUUGCAAGGAAAUCAUUUCCAGGAUGGACGGUGAGAGGCGGCUGGCCUGCUGGCGCUUCGGUCGUAGCCUGAGCCGCGGUCUAUCCGGGGAAGGUCGUCCCGGCGCGGCGCUACGAAGCCUGCUCUUUCUCUCGGCGCUCGCCUUCCUUAUUGGUCUGCCGCGUCCCUCAGAGUCGAAGGAAUGCGACAAACAGUGUCUGAACGGGCAGUGCAACCCUGCGAGCGGCAACUGUUUGUGCGAUCCCGGCUGGGUCGGGGACCAGUGCCAACACUGCGGGGGACGCUUCAGGCUGACUGGUUCCUCUGGGUUUCUGACAGACGGACCCGGCAACUACAAGUACAAGACAAAGUGCACCUGGCUCAUUGAAGGACAGCCCAACACCAUCCUGCGGCUCAGGUUUAACCACUUCGCCACUGAGUGCAGCUGGGACCACCUGUACGUCUACGAUGGGGACUCCAUCUAUGCCCCCCUGCUGGCUGCCUUCAGUGGCCUCAUUGUGCCUGAGCGUUACUCAAAUGAGACGGUCCCGGAGGUGGUGUCCAAGUCGGGCUAUGCCUUACUGCAUUUCUUCAGUGACGCAGCCUACAACCUCACCGGCUUCAACAUCUCCUACAGGAUCAACACGUGCCCCAAUAACUGCUCGGGGCGCGGGGAAUGCCGGGUGGGCGAUGCCGGCGAGGUGGUGCGCUGUGAGUGCGAGGAGCACUGGAAGGGCGAGGCCUGCGACAUCCCCUACUGCGCGUCUGACUGUGGCUUCCCCGAGCAUGGCGUCUGCAAGCCCAAUGGCACCAAGGGCUGCCUCUGCCACCAUGGCUGGCAAGGUCCAGAUUGCUCAAUCCCAGUGCCGGCAAACCGCUCCUUCUGGACCCGAGAGGAGUACGAGGUGCGGAGCCUGGCGAGAGCCUCCCACAAGGCCGUGGUGGACCAGGACAUCAUGUGGGUCAUCGGGGGCUACAUGUUCAACUACUCGGACUACAGGAUGGUCAAAGCGUUCAACGUGACAUCCCAGGAGUGGCUGCCCCUCAACCGCUCUGUGAACGCGGUCACAGGCCGGUAUGGCCACUCUCUGGCUCUGCACGAGGGCAAGAUCUACAUGUAUGGAGGCAAGAUUGACUCGACGGGCAAUGUCACCAGCCAGCUGUGGGUAUUCCACCUGCGCAACCAGUCCUGGGUUCUGGCAAGCCCACGGGCCAAGGAGCAGUACGCAGUGGUGGGCCACUCGGCCCACAUUGUGCAGUUGGCGCGGGACACGUGGGUCAUGCUGGUCAUCUUUGGCCACUGUCCGCUCUAUGGCUACAUCAGCAAGGUGCAGGAGUACAACAUCGCCACUAACACCUGGUGCAUCGUGAAGACCAAUGGUGCACUAGUGCAGGGUGGGUACGGCCACAGCAGCGUGUACGACGCCAAGACCCACGCCAUCUACAUCCAUGGUGGCUACAAGGCCUUCAGCGCCAACAAGUACGGGUUGGCCGAUGACCUCUACAAGUAUGAGGUGGACACCAGGAUGUGGACCAUCCUGAAGGACAGCGGCUUUUUCCGCUACCUGCACACGGCAGUCAUUGUGAGUGGCACCAUGCUAGUGUUUGGGGGGAACACGCACAACGACACCUCUAUGAGCCACGGCGCCAAGUGCUUCUCCUCCGACUUUAUGGCCUACGACCUGGCCUGCGAUGAGUGGUCAGUCCUGCCCAGACCAGACCUCCACCAUGAUGUCAACCGCUUUGGACACUCAGCUGUCUACAGCAAUGGUGUGAUGUAUGUGUUUGGAGGCUUUAACAGCCUGCUGCUGAGCGACGUGCUGAUGUUCACUCCGGCAAGCUGCUCAGCCUUCUCCAGCGAAGCGUUGUGUGACUCCAUCUGGCCAGGCAUCCGCUGCCUCUGGAACAGCAGCCAGGGGGCGUGUCUGCCCUGGGAGGUGGCCACCCCCCAGGAGGAACAGGUGGUGCUAGCCUCCUGCCCCCCCAAAGCAUAUGCGGACAAUGAGAAGUGUGACCAGUACAGCGACUGCUACAGCUGCACCGCAAACACCAAUGGCUGCCAGUGGUGUGCAGACCAGUGCAUCAGCAUGAGCAGCAACUGCACUGCUGUCACGGGUCCAAUUGCUGAGUAUGAGAUGUGUCCCAAGGACAACCCUGAGUACGUGUGCAACAAGAAGACCAGCUGCAAGAGCUGCGCCAUGGACCAGAACUGCCAGUGGGAGCCACGAAACCAGGAGUGCAUCGCCCUGCCAGAAAACAUCUGCGGGGAGAGCUGGCACCUGGUGGGGAACUCGUGCCUGAAGUUCAUCACAGCGAAGGACUCGUACGACAAUGCCAAGCUGACCUGCCGCAGCCACAACGCUGUGCUGGCCUCUCUCACCACGCAGAAGAAAGUGGAGUUCGUCCUCAAGGAGCUGCAGAUCAUGACUGUGCUGUACAAGGCCACAGUGACGCCAUGGGUGGGGCUGAGGAAGAUCAACAUCUCGUACUGGUGCUGGGAGGACAUGUCCCCCUUCACCAACACGUCCCUGCAGUGGCUGCCCGGUGAGCCCAGUGACGCCGGCUUCUGUAGCUAUCUGGCUGAGCCUGCCUCCAGUGGUCUUAAGGCUGCCACCUGUGUCAACUCUGUCAACGGAAGUCUCUGCGAACGCCCAGCCAAUCACAGCGCGAAGCAGUGCCGCACACCCUGCGCACUGCGCUCCUCCUGUGGCGAGUGCACCAGCAGCAGCUCGGAGUGCAUGUGGUGCAGCAACAUGAAGCAGUGCGUGGACUCCAACGCAUAUGUGGCCUCCUUCCCCUUCGGACAGUGCAUGGAGUGGUACACCAUGAAUAGCUGCCCGCCGGAGAACUGCUCAGGGUACCGGACCUGUGGGCAGUGCCUGGACCAGCCGGGCUGCGGGUGGUGCACGGACCCCAGCAACACAGGGCGGGGCCAGUGCAUUGAGGGCUCCUAUCGAGGGCCCUUCCAGGCCCCCAGCCCCACCUCCUACCUGGAGCCAGCCCUCAACCUCACAAUGUGUCCCCAAGAGAACAAGUACAGCUGGUCUUUCAUCCACUGCCCUGCAUGCCAGUGUAACGGCCACAGCCGCUGUGUCAACGACAGCGUAUGUGAGAAGUGUGAGGACCUAACCACGGGCAAGCACUGUGAGAGUUGCAUCUCCGGCUACUAUGGCGACCCCACCAACGGGGGCACCUGCCAGCCCUGCAAGUGUAACGGCCAUGCCAGCAUGUGUAACCCAAACAACGGGAAGUGCUUCUGCACCACCAAGGGAAUCAAGGGGGACCGCUGCCAGUUGUGUGAGGUAGAAAAUCGUUACCAGGGUAACCCUCUCAAAGGAACCUGCUACUACACACUGCUGAUUGACUACCAGUUCACCUUCAGCCUGUCGCAGGAGGACGACCGCUACUACACCGCCAUCAACUUUGUGGCCACACCAGAGGAGCAAAAUCGUGACUUGGAUAUGUUCAUCAAUGCAUCGAAGAACUUCAACCUGAACAUCACCUGGGCAACCAGUUUCCCAGCCGGCACACAGGCAGGAGAGGAGUUCCCCAUCGUCUCCAGGAGCAACAUCAAGGAGUUCAAGGACAGCUUCUCCAACGAGAAAUUCGACUUCCGCAACAACCCCAACAUCACUUUCUUUGUGUAUGUCAGCAACUUCACCUGGCCAAUUAAGAUCCAGAUCGCCUUCUCCCAGCACAGCAACUUCAUGGACCUGGUGCAGUUCUUCGUCACCUUCUUCAGCUGCUUCCUGUCUCUGCUGCUGGUGGCCGCUGUGGUGUGGAAGAUUAAACAGAGCUGCUGGGCCUCGCGCCGCAGAGAGCAACUCCUGCGGGAGAUGCAGCAGAUGGCCAGCCGGCCCUUCGCCACCAUCAAUGUUGCCUUGGAGACGGAGGAGGAGCCGCCCGACCUGAUCGGAGGGAAUGUGAAGGCAGUGCCCAAGCCCAUUGCGUUGGAGCCCUGCUUCGGGAACAAGGCGGCUGUGCUCUCCAUCUUCGUGCGUCUGCCGCGGGGCUCAGGGGGAAUACCCCCUCCAGGGCAAUCUGGUCUGGCCGUGGCGAGUGCCCUGGUGGAUGUAUCCCAGCAGAUGUGUUUGGGCUACAAGGAGAAGUCGGGAGCAGUGAGGAACCGCAAGCAGCAGCCACCAGCACAGCCGGCCACCUGCAUUUGACCCAGCCCCUCCUCCCCAACAGCUGAGCCACAGACAAGCAGGAGGGGACAUGGGCAUGUAGGAGGAGCCUCAUGCAUUGUAGGGAGGGGACACGUGAUUGUGGGAGGAGCCUCAUGCAUCGCGGGGAGGGGACACACAAUUGUGGGAGGAGCCUCAUGCAUUGUGGGGAGGGGACACACGAUUGUGGGAGCAGCCUCAUGCAUUGUGGGGAGGGGACACAUGAUUGUGAGAGGAGUCUUAUCCCUCAUGGAAAGAGGGGAGAGGGGCAUGAAUGACGGUGGUCUUGAGAAGUUCCUGAUGGUGGAAACCAUGACUCCACCUCCCUCCCGUGAACUAUCGGAACCAAAAAAAAGACUGCUGUUUGCCAUGAAAAGGACGCCUUUUUUUUGCCUGAGCAGCUUGUCACUUUCGUGUCCUCUCGCUCGUGGAGGUUCUGUCUACAGAUGCUCUCGGUGUCAUUUAAUUUAUUUUUUUAUUAUUAUUUCAAUGACAAACUGUGCAGUUUCAUUUUACUGUUGAGACAUUUUACUUUGUAGGGAGAGAGUCCAUACCAUGCUAUUCAAUGAAAAACAAUGUGGUGUUUGUCCAGAAUGUUGUUAUUUCUGCAUUAUGCAAGAACCCCUGGACACAGUUGCAGUGGAGCCUUGUAUAGCAGGUUAUGCCUGAGUUGGCUGAUUUAGUUGCUUUUUAGGCCAGUGAAGCCAGUUUUGGUGAAGUUUGAUUUCUGCUUCCACUGAAUGCUGGCAAUAGAGGAAGGGAAAAGAUAUUUAAAGGGGUAGCUUCUCCAAAAGUCUACAAUUCAGUAUGCUGUUCCUUACCUUACUUUCAUAGGUGUCAAUAUUGAAAAGGUCUUCAUUUGAACGCAAGCUAAGUUGAAAUCCUUUUCAUUGGUCUUUAAUUUCAUGGUACCUGACUUACACACAAAUCCCAGAGGCCAUCCCUCUGCAAAUGACACUUGCAAAUCACAAAAAAAAUAUUCUUGACAACUUAAACACAGACUCCAAUGCUGAUCUGUAUAUGUGGUCCUAUGUACUGUUUGUACAUUGAGCUGAUUUGUGUCUUGUGCUGUAAGGGAUUUGACAUUAUAGCCAUUUAAGUGGGUUAGUAGCCCUUUGCUACCUGGCACCAGCUUCAUGGUGCAUUCUGGGGAUUGUAGGCAACAAAAUGGAGUGUGGUUGGUAUCAACCAAACUUAGAAUGAUCAAAGUUUGGAAACAUGUAAAUGGUUGAGGACAGCCACCUGAACAUGAUUUGAGGGCUGAACAACACAUGUGUUCAAGGGAUAGAGGUCACCUCCAUUUUUAACUGUGGUCUCAGAGGGAGAAUGCCACACCUUGGUGUCAGAAUAUGACACAUUAAUGUAAGGAAACUUCUCCACUGUGAAACUGGUGCAUUGCUUUUUAACAUGCAUACCUGCUAGACUGUGAGGUAUAAGCAAGGUGUUUGGUAUGAGAUUUUGGGUGACUUUAACAGGAGGCACAGCGUGACUAACGGCCGGCAAAACCGAUGUGUCACUGUGGUUCCCACCUCUGACCCUCCCAAUCCUUUGCCUCUUCAUAGCAGGGCAUUAAAAAACUCAUUUUAAAUGCACAGGGAAGCAAGGACACCAUCUAAUAUUAACCCCAUUGCCUCUGUACCAGCUCCUCCUCCAGCUGUGGCUUCUUCCCUGUUAGGGCUGGCGCAAGACGGUUCUCCUGGAAACCCCAUCCCAUAAUGAAGAGGUUCACAGGGACCCCUAGAGAGGGCAGCCGAAACAUCCCCCAACAUAACCAGCAACUUUACCCAGACCCAACAAACAAACCGAUAUGGAUCUAUAGAGGUGAUUCCCACAUGAGCCAGGUUCCAUGUUCAGAUUAAAUAUGCAUCCCUGCUACUGAACACGUUGUUAAUGUGGGUCUUGUGGGAGAUAUAAACGAGGCCAUUGUGUUUGUUUUAAUUUCAGGUUCCAGCAUGAUUUAGGAAAAAACUUCUCUGGGCAUUGCUAGAAGUGGGCAUGCGGUACAUCUUGUUGGUGUUUGCAAAUGUUUGCACAUUUCCCUGGCAAAAAGCAUUUUUUAAUUUUUUUUUUCAUAAGGCAUGAAUCAUAACUGUGGAGAAGUUUCCGCUAUGUGAGGAAGUGACUAAAAAAAUGUUGAUCUCGUAGUUUUCACAUUGCUACAGUGCGACAGCCUUUACCAAUCGUAACUUUGCUUCCACAUGAAAAGCUGUGAACUGUUUAGGCUUUAAGUAUCAGUCCCUCAGAGAGCAUUUCAUGGUGGUGCACA